AUGAUGAACUUUCUGGAGCUGGAAACUGUUUCCUUGCUUGUCACAGUGGUAACAUCUGUGUUAUCUGUUCUACUGCUAAUAGCCGUUUCCCGGCAACUAUGGACCCUUCGGUGGACCAUCACACGGGAUAGGGAAAGCAACCUACCCCUCCCAAAAGGCUCCAUGGGGUGGCCACUUGUUGGGGAAACAUUUCACUGGCUGUUUCAGGGUCCCAACUUUCAUGUCAGCAGGAGAGAGAAGUAUGGAAACGUUUUCAAAACUCAUCUACUAGGGAAACCUGUGAUCCGUGUCACCGGAGCGGAAAACGUCCGUAAAAUACUGCUGGGAGAGCACCACUUGGUGUGCACUCAAUGGCCUCAGAGCACGCGCAUUAUCUUGGGGCCCAACACAUUAGCAAACUCCAUCGGGGACGUUCAUAAGAAAAAACGUAAAAUCCUGGCUAAGGCUUUCAGUCGUCAGGCUUUGGAGACCUAUGUUCCCCGCCUGCAAGAUGUGGUUAAGAGGGAGGUUGGACAAUGGUGCUCAGAGUCAGGCCCCACUAAUGUCUAUGCUGCGACUAAAGUACUCACUUUUCGCAUUGCUGUCCAGGUGCUUUUGGGGCUUAAUAUAGAGGAGACUCAAAUCAAUUACCUCGCCAGUAUAUUUGAACAACUUAUGAACAACCUCUUCUCAUUACCCAUUGACGUAUCCUUCAGUGGCCUCCGUAAAGGAAUAAAAGCUAGGGAAAUACUGCACUCAUUCAUGGAGAAAAUGAUCGAGGAGAAGUUGCAAAGGCCAUCAGAGGGUUUUAACGAUGCAUUCGAUUAUAUUCUAAGCAGCGCCAAGGAAAACAACCACGACUUAACUGUUCAAGAGUUGAAGGAAACUGCUGUGGAACUGAUAUUUGCUGCGCAUUCCACCACCGCAAGCGCAUCUACGUCACUCAUCCUGCUGUUGCUUUUGCAUCCUUCCGUUGCGCAGAGAGCCAGGGUAGAGAUUAAGGAUUUAGAACUCUCAGGUACCAGGUGUGAUCAGCUCUACAACGCUGGGACCCGACGUAACUCUGUGAAUCAGUGUGAUCUACGUGAAAAUACGGGGGGAGAGAGAAUAACAGAAUCCACGACAUUAACACAUGAAACAAGAAACUCAAAGAAUGUCACGGAGGAGGAGUCAAAAUAUCAUCUGCCUCAUCUAACUUUAGAGAGGCUUAGUGCGAUGCGAUACCUCGACUGUGUCGUGAAGGAGGUGCUAAGAUACUUUCCUCCAGUAUCUGGCGGCUACAGGACUGUGCUGAAGACAUUUGAGCUAGACGGUUGUCAGAUUCCAAAGGGAUGGAGCGUGCUUUACAGCAUCCGGGAUACCCAUGAGACGGCUCCAGUUUACCAGUGCCCGGGCACGUUUGAUCCAGACCGCUUUGCAGCAAAGAGAGAUGAGAGCAAAACCGGUCGUUUCAAUUACAUUCCAUUUGGUGGUGGCAUAAGGAACUGCAUUGGCAAAGAACUGGCCAAGAUUAUCAUAAAAACCCUUGCUGUUGAAUUGCUCGCAACCACUGAAUGGAGAAUUGCCACACAAACCAUUCCAAAGAUGCAAACAGUGCCAGUUGUGCACCCGGCCAGUGGACUCUAUGUUAACUUCAAUUACACAGACUCUUGGGGAAAGGAGCAUUGUGUACAUACUUAG